AUGGCCGAAUUCGUGCGUGCCCAGAUCUUCGGCACCACCUUUGAGAUCACCAGCCGAUACACCGAGCUCCAGCCGGUGGGAAUGGGCGCCUUCGGCCUGGUCUGCUCGGCAAAGGAUCAAUUGACAGCGCAGCCAGUCGCAGUCAAGAAAAUCAUGAAGCCUUUCAGCACCCCUGUGCUGUCCAAGCGAACCUACCGGGAGCUGAAACUGCUCAAGCAUCUCCGCCACGAGAAUAUUAUCAGCUUGAGUGACAUCUUCAUUUCGCCGUUGGAAGACAUCUACUUCGUCACCGAACUGCUGGGAACUGACCUCCACCGUCUGCUCACUUCACGACCUCUUGAAAAGCAAUUCAUUCAGUACUUCUUAUACCAAAUUCUGCGUGGCUUGAAAUAUGUUCACUCGGCUGGUGUUGUGCACCGCGACUUGAAACCUAGCAACAUUCUCAUUAAUGAAAACUGCGACCUGAAAAUCUGCGAUUUCGGUCUGGCUCGAAUCCAGGAUCCGCAAAUGACCGGAUAUGUCUCAACACGAUACUACCGUGCGCCCGAGAUCAUGCUCACCUGGCAGAAAUACGACGUCGAGGUGGAUAUCUGGAGUGCGGGCUGCAUUUUCGCCGAGAUGCUGGAGGGAAAACCGCUCUUCCCCGGAAAGGACCAUGUCAACCAGUUCUCGAUUAUCACCGAGCUCCUGGGCACUCCCCCAGAUGACGUGAUCCAGACCAUCUGCAGCGAGAACACUCUCCGAUUCGUCAAGUCUCUCCCUCAACGCGAGCGCCAACCCCUCGUGAACAAGUUCAAGAACGCCGAUCCCGACGCGAUCGAACUCCUCGAGCGAAUGUUGGUCUUCAACCCCAAGCAGCGAAUUCAAGCCACCGACGCCUUGUCGCACGAGUAUCUGGCGCCCUACCACGACCCCACCGACGAGCCUGUUGCGCAAGAGAAGUUCGAUUGGUCUUUCAAUGAUGCCGACCUACCGGUCGAUACCUGGAAGAUUAUGAUGUACUCUGAGAUCUUGGACUUCCACAAUAUCGAGCAAGGCAACGAGGCCGGCGAGGCCUUGGUGCAGGGCGGAGUCCAAGGCGAUGCUGGACAGACAUUUGCAUAA